UGCUGGAUCUCGAUAAAUGGGAUUCAAAGCAUAUUUAUUGUAUACUCUGAACACGGCUCACUAAUCGUGCACUUUUGCUCCCACAGACCAUGUCUGACGGAUCCUCUUCUCCUCCCAACGGCUACCCGACUGGACGCCGUCGGGCGUCGUUUUCUCCCGGGCAGACUCUGUCGGAGCUCUUCAACCGCUCCACGUCCAAUACGGCGGGGACGGUCAGUAGCACUUCUCCCCCUGGUCCUAUUACCACUGCAGCGGCCAAUGCUCAGGCACAGCAUCGUCGACGCAUGUCCAUCAAUACCCUUGGGCUUUCUGGGACCUCGCCGACCCAGACCGCGCCCUUUAAUGUCGGUCGCCCCCGCGAAGAUAGUCUCUCCAGUGUCGGCUCCGCUUCCUCGACGCUCGAUGAGAAUGUGAUUGAAGAAGGCGACGCCCCACCCGGGAGCGGUUCUCCCACUGCGACUCCGUUUGGCCGCAGACUCAGUUUCGGAGCGAGGGCUUUGCGAGAUGUGAGAUCAGGAGGAUCUGGCAGUUACAAUGGCGAAGGUUUCAACUGGUCAGACUCUCUCAGGUCUCGUGCCGAGCGAACGUCGUCGAUGGCUGCCGCCGCCGGCGCCAACGUCAGCAACAGUCCGCCGCAACCCUCUCACCAUCAGCGCGCCGCCAGCGUGGCGACCAUGGAACAGCCUGUCCGUGAGAUGCCCAAGUCAUCCAAGGUUCCCGACGCCUUUGGCGAGCGUAUCCUGAAGGGCGACUUUUACAUGGAUUAAACCCCGGUGGGUGCUUAUCGUUCUGCCUUUGCUACGAUGAUAUGGGCUCUACGAUUCCCGCAACAGCCUUUUCCACGAUGAUGAUGACGACGACGAUGAUGAUGAUUACGAAUGCUCUCCACGCCCACCUACCGCCUCAACAGCACCCAACCCGAUAAAAAAAGGGUGCUGCUUGGGGCAACGGACAGUGAGCUGACUCGCCCAUAUCGAGGCAAAAACGAGUCCAAGGGAGGCAC